AUGGAUGAUCUCAUUAGUGAAUUGCCCGACUACAUCUUGUCGGAUAUCCUGACAAUGUUAUCCAUGAAAGAUUCGUUGAAAACCAGUGUACUGUCUAAAAGGUGGUGCAAGCUUUGGUCUCUAAGGAGAAAUCUCUACUUUGAUAUAUUCAAUGUGAUUGGAAGCAGUGAGGAGGAACUACUACAAAAAGGAUAUCUAGUUGACGUCCUUGAUACUUCUUUCUCUGGUGUCACUACUAUGGAGAGACAUAUCAAUCCGGAUAUGAGUAAGGAUGAAUUUGUAAAACGAGUAAAUCAAUUUGUCAUGAAUUUUCAGGGCACAGUUAUGGAAUCUUUUUCAGUGAACUUUCAUUUAGAUCACGAACAAAGUAGUACUAUUGAUCAAUGGAUAAGUUUCGCAAUUGCAAGGGGAGUUGGAAGAAUUGAUCUACUCCUUAUAGGAAGGCCUUAUAAUGCACCACCUACAGGUCGAGGCAAUCCUUGUACAUUUGACUUUGGCAUAAUUUCGAAGUCUAAUACUUCAACUCUAAACCACCUGCGUCUUGAAAAUUGUCUCGUUUUCCAUCCAACCAAUUGUGACUUUACUCCAUUAAAAAAUUUGAGAUCUCUAUCACUUGAAAGAUCAAAACUGGAUGAAACUUUCAUUGAAAGCCUAUUAGUUAAUUGUCCACGACUUGAAGAGCUUUGCCUAAUUUCCUGUGUGUUCAAAUCAUCAAUGCCGGAGAUAGUAAGUUCGUCUUUAUGUCAUCUCAAGGUUAUAGGGUGCUAUUUUGUAUCCAAAUGUUACCACCAGGUGACUGUAAACUUGGUUUUACUAGAUUGCCUUAAACUCACUUCAUUGGAGCUAGAUUGCCUUCAACUCACUUCAUCGGAGGACGGUUUCGUUACCUUGAACUUUAAUACACCUAUGCUGAAGAGUAUUGAAUUCUCCAUUCCAUCCAAUCAAGUGCUUAAUACAUAUGUUGCUCUCUGUACAAUUUUUUUUCCUGAACUUGAGAUUCUGCGUUUGACCACAUUUUCUAUGGUCACAACUUCUCCGAAAAUUACUCAACCAAUCAAACAUCUUAAACAGUUACACCUCUUUAUUUUCGUGGACUCGUACAUCUUAGAUGACAUGGAGUAUGAUCCUUUGUGGUUUCUAAACAUCCUUCAAGCUUGUCCUCUUCUGCAGAAACUUUCAAUUAUGUUUACGGAUCUAGAGUUCUUUGAAAAUCAGAAAGAUGUUAUGAGGGAUGUUGAAACAUUCUCUCAUGAUGAAGUAAAAGUUAUUGAAUUGGGAGGUUGUGUUGGUAAUUGGUUUGAAAUUGAGUUUGUUUUGAAUGUUCUAAAAUAUGCUCAUAAACUUGAGCAUAUAGUUGUGAGUCCCUAUUGGAGAGACGAUGACUCGUCGGAUUGGAAUUCUAAUCCUGUGUGGUUUCAAAGUGGCCGUAAAAGGAUGAGUGAAAAGCUCCAAAUUGAAGAAGUAGUAGGACGAAAAAAACUUGUGCUCAUAUAA